UUGGAGCUUGUUUUCGGGAACAGGGUUGAAAAUCGGCUGAAUCUGUGUCCUCACAGUUACUUUGGGGUGGUAGCGACAGACAGGACUGUGUGUCCUAGGCCAGCGCAGUCUAACAUACACACACGCAGGCAGGAGACAGACCUCUGCCCGGGGUUGGCCGUGUGGAUGUGUGAGGCUUCCUUCAGUGAUGUUCCUCUCUCUCAGCCUGGCUCUCCAGUGGAUCUGCUCAGCACUGGGAUAGCGGCUACAGGAAGCAUUCGGUCGCCUCACCGCUGUGCCAGGCUGCUCUCACACCAGGAUAUCACCACGGAGAGAGGAAGGGGCGGAGGUGCCAUGUUACACUUCACCCUGGACAUCAAGAAAGAGGGCAGAUCUUCCUGCUCGUGUGUAUAGCAAGAGGAUAUGCUGCUUUAAAUACCAGGCACCGCUACACCGAUACUGGAUUGUCUUUCUCUCUGUCUCAAUCCCAGACACCACUACAAGUGCCAGGCUCUGCCUAUCCACAGAGGAUCAGGAGUGCCACACUACCAGACACCACUUCAACUGGUCUAUUUACCAGAGUGGGAUCAGGAGUUUGUGUGUGUGUGAGUCUCUCUCUCUCUCCUUCAGACCCCACUAUAAGUGUUCUACUUCAGAAACAGAAAUCCCUGGAAAAGCUCAGCAGCUCUGUGUAGAGAAAUCAGAGUUAACGUUUCGGGUCGAGUGACAGUUCCACAGAACUGAUGGUAGCGAGGAAAAUGUGCUCUGCUUAGCAAGUUGAGGACAGAAGCGGCAAUCUCUCUCUCUCUCCCAGACACCACUGCAAGUGCCAAGCUCUGCCUAAUCUACAGAGGAUCAAGAGUGUGUUCCCCUCUCUCUCAGACACCACACUAAGUGUUCUGCUUAGCAACUCAAGGGCAGAAUUGCCAAUUUCUCUCUCUCGCCCCAGAUCCCAGUACAAGGAACAAACUGUGUUUGCCCAACUCAGACUCGGGAGUCGGGGAUAACAAGGUGUGGAGCUGGAGGAACACAGCAGGCCAGGCAGCAUCAGAGGAGCAGGAAAGCUGACGUUUCGGGUCUGGACCCUUCGGCAGUUCCUACUAUCUCAGACUCAGGAGUGCCGCUCUGUCCCUCUAGGCCAGGGUGCCCCGUGUGUGUAAGGCCAGGACUAUGCGGCCAGAAUGUUGGCCAGGAAGAGCAUCAUCCCGGAGGAGUACGUGCUGGCCCGGAUCGCCGCCGAGAACGUGCGCCGGCAGCCCCGGUACACGGCGCGGCCCCGCCAGGCUCGCUUCAUCGCCAAGAACGGCUCGUGUAACGCGGCUCACAAGAACAUCCGAGAGCAGGGCCGUUUCCUGCAGGAUGUCUUCACCACCCUGGUGGACCUCAAAUGGCGCUACACCCUCUUCAUCUUCACCAUGUCGUUCCUGUGCAGCUGGCUCCUCUUCGCCAUGAUGUGGUGGCUGCUAGCGUUCGCCCAUGGGGACCUCGACCCCCGGCCGAGCUCAGGCUCCGAGCCGUGUGUCACCAAAGUGCGGUCGUUCAGCUCGGCGUUCCUGUUCUCCAUCGAGGUGCAGGUCACCAUCGGCUUCGGCGGCAGAAUGAUCACCGAGGAGUGCGCGACCGCCAUCACCGGCCUCAUCGUGCAGAACAUCUCGGGGCUGAUCAUCAACGCCGUCAUGUUGGGUUGUAUCUUCAUGAAGACAGCGCAGGCUCACCGCCGGGCGGAGACCCUCAUCUUCAGCCGCCACGCCGUCAUCUGCCUGAGGAACGGCCGCCUCUGCUUCAUGUUCAGGGUGGGCGACCUGAGGAAGAGCAUGAUCAUCAGCGCCUCGGUCAGGAUGCAAGUGGUCAGGAGGAGCACCACGGCCGAGGGCGAGAUCCUGCCGCUGCACCAGAUCGACAUCCCGGUGGACAACCCCCUGGAUAGCGGCAGCAUCUUCCUGGUCGCUCCGCUCACCAUCAGCCAUGUGUUGGAUCGCCGCAGCCCGCUCUAUGAGAUCUCGGCCAGUGACCUGCAGAGCCAGAACCUGGAGGUCAUCGUCAUCCUCGAGGGGGUGGUGGAGACCACGGGCAUCACCACACAGGCCCGGACCUCGUACAUCUCCGAGGAGAUCCUGUGGGGCUACCGCUUCGUGCCCGUCGUCACCGAGGAGGACGGUGUCUACUCGGUAGACUACUCCAAGUUCGGCAACCGCGUCAAGGUGGCGACCCCGAGGUGCUCGGCCCGAGAGCUCGACGAGAAGCCGUCCAUCCUGAUCCAGACCCUGCAGAGGAGCGAGCUCUCGCACCAGAACUCGCUGAGGAAGCGCAGCUCCAUGAGGAGGAACAACUCCAUGAGGAGAAACACCUCGUCCCUUGUCAUCCCCAAGGUUCAGUUCUUCACCCCCACCGACUCCGGGCCUGAAACGAGCGAGAACUGAGCUCAGGGUUGGUGGGUCUCACUACCCAGAUGAUCCUUCCAUCCCACACACCAUGUAACGAGGGACUAUGCAGAGACUGAACGUUGCAGACCACUUUGUGUGCCUUUGUUUUUCCAGUUCACACGCUGUCAUAUAACCCCUCACCACUCUUAAAGCACUAACCUUAUCUCAAACUAAAACAGAAAUUGCUGGAAAAACUCAGUAGGUCUGUACAGAGGGACAGAAAAAGAGUUAACAUCUCACGUCCACUAAUCUUUCGCCAGAAACCGUUCUCAGGAAGAGUCAUACUGGACUCCAGACGUUAACUCUGUUCCUCGCCCCAGUUUCUCCAGCAUUUUCUGCUUUUAUUUCACAUUUCCAGCAUCCACUUCAUUUUAUACUAUCCUUAUCUCUACUUGCACGUUGGUUUCAAAAAUUGGCAUUCACCCAUUAGUUUAGUGGCCUAUUUCAAAAAUGUAAAAUAUGAUGCUGAGGUAUUUAACAGAUGUCCGCUGCAUGCCAAGGUAGCAAUGACUCAGUGCCUUAUUGCCAUAGCAUACAAAGCUAUAAGUGGUGGGAAAUGGGAUCAGAGUAGAUAGGAACUAAUCAAGAAAACCAAAGAACUGCGGAUGCUGGAAACUAGAAACACAGACAUUGACACUGCUUUCUCUCCAUAGAUGCUGCCAGAUUUGCUGAAUUUUUCCAGCAAUUUCUGUUCAUGGUAGAAUAGAUAAGUUUUUGAUAGCUGCUGCAGACGUGAUGGGCUUAAGGGUCUUUUUCAAUGCUGUAAAACUCUUUGACUUCUGUGGGUCAGAAUAAAAUUGCACAUAUAGAAUUUGCAGAAUUGUUUGUAGCAUCAAAUUGCAUUUAGACUAGUCCAGUUGAUUUCAUGUUACAGCAGCUGCUAUCUCUCUAAUAACACAAACACCUACUGUAAUAGAGUUUGGAAGUUCAUGUGUUUGGAAAUUUCCAAUGUCCUUUUAAUUAAACUGUGUAACGUUUGUGUAUUAGAGGCAGGAUGGGCAGGGAUAUUUGCCUUGAAUUUAAUAUAGUGCAUUCCUCGACUGAAUUUCUAUCGCAUCGAUUCUAUUAUUUGGUCUCCUUGAAGUUAUAUUAAUACCUUAACUUUUGCUCAGAAUGUUGGUUGCAGUUUGAGUUCUAACUCUGCACCAGGUUGCUGAUGUGGAACUUGAUUAUGUUAUCCAACUGACCUUUCCAGGCUGUGUGGUGAUUUAUUCAUUGAGUUCCUCUUUCAACAGCUACCAAGUUUAAAUGUUUGUUUGCACGUUACAUUACUUCAGCCCAGCUUCAACGUGUGCAGGAAUUCAAGGGUUAAACAUAGUAUGAAUAUGUACUGCAUUUGCACAUUCUGGUGUGAAGCAGAAUUGGUGUUAGGUUAAGGCCACUCCCUGCCCAAGAAAUUUUACUCUAUGAUACUAAUAUUUUAACCUGCUGAUUAUUAUGAAUCUAGUGGUUGUCUAGAAGAGGCUUUUUCUAUAGAAGAUAGAAUUAAUGAUUGAUGUUACAUAUGGCGAUGCAAUCUGUUGGACUGGUUUAGAUAACCAGUGGACAGGAGAGGAGGGUUUGUGAUGUCUAAGAACUCUCCCAUACUUUUUAUUUCACCCUUAUUAGUUCUGCAAACUCCAUACAAUUACAUGGUUGUGUGUGUAGUUAUGUAAGUGUGAUGCGUGUAUUUGGGGACAGGAUGUUUUUAUUUGUGUGUAUGUGUGUGUGUGUGUGUGUGGGAGUUGUUGACUUGUAACAUGUAUAUGUGGUCUGUAUGAAUGGAAUGUGUGGAUGGUAUGUGUAUGGGUAUGUCGGGAUUGAGUUUGGAUGUGGGUGACUGUAUGAAUAUAUGUGGCAUGUGCUGUGUGUGUGUGGUUACAUGGGGAUUGUGUGCAUGGAGUCAUGUUUAUGUGGGCAUUGUGAAUAUUGAUGUGUGGGGCAAGCGAGGAUUGUGUCACUGAGUGCGAAUAUAAGACUAAGAAUGCGUGAAUGAGAGGGUGAGGGCAUGUGGAUGGGUGCUCAUGAGUGGGGAGUGUGUGGUGCAUGUAAAAAUGGGUGUGUGUGGUUGAGUGGGAAGUGUGCGCACGUGUGUGUGUGGCUGGAUGUGGAUGAAUUGCGUGUGUAUGGGGUGUGUAUAUGUAUGGGUAAGUGGGUGAGUAGGGUGUGUGUAUGUAUCUAUGUGUGUGGAUGAGUGGGGUGCAUGUGUCUGUGAAUGCAUAGUUUGGAUACACGUGCAAGUCAUUGUGUGCAUCAGUGCGGGUGAAUGUACACACGUGGGUAGUUGUCCAUGGUGUGGGUAGAAGGCAUGCAGGAAGUAGUCAUUUAUUGGUGCCCCAGUUAUCCUGAGUAUGGGGUAGGCUUGUUGAACCUGCUUUUCUUUCCAGCAUUCCAAUUUCUUAUGUUCUUUCUGCUAACAUCUCCAGUAACAACAGAAGUAAUAUUACCUUAUUGUCUGAGUAAGCACAUUCCAGGCUCGUACUGAAGCUUUUUUUUAAAGUAUUAAAUAUUAGAAAGUUCAAAGUCAUUGUCUUCAUCCCCCAGUACAAACUGUUUUCCAAAUGCUGGCUCCAUCCCUCUCCCUGGCAACUGUAUGAGGUUGAGCAAAACUGUUCACAAUGUUCUGUCGCAUUUGAACAGCUUCCAAGUACGUAUCUGUGCCAUCACUAUGACCGUUGUAACUUUGACCAACCCCUCCCCUGCUCUACAUUUGACAACAGCUUCCCACAUAACGAUCUCCGUAAACUCAAAGUCAUCCAGAUUUUGCUGUCCAUGACCUAACUUGCACCAAAUCCUGUCCAUCUGGCACUCACUGACCUAUACUGGCUUCCAGUUAAGCAGUGUUAUAAUUUAAAAAUUCUAUCCUUUAAUACUUUCACUGCCUCAGUUCUCCCUAUCUCUGUAACCUACUCAGCCUCCCAAGAUAUCUGUGCUCCUCUAAUCCCAGCAUCUUGAGGAUCCCUGAUUUUAAUUAUUUCAUCGUCGGUGGCUAUUUUAAGGGACCAUAAUAGAUUGUUGCAUCCAACCUGCAAACCUUUAAAUCUUGAGCCAGCACUGCUUCAAAAGACUUAACUAAAAUCAAUGUCUUUUAUCAUGAAGCCUAAGGGCUCAACUAUAACCCAUGAAACAGGAUUAUGAGGUUGGGGGAGGAGACAAGGAUAAGGGUAAGAUGGUAGAAAGGAGUUUUGUGCCAUCAUAUAACCUCCAUCAUCUUUACAUAGCUUAAUCCAAGUACUGGAAGACCAGCUGCCCUCACUUUACAUCAGUCCCAUUCAGGCUACAUGUGCAAUGCCUUGCCAGCAUUUUAAAUUCUGAAUUCAGCAGGUCAAUAUGGUGGGAACGCAGUUAAAGUGUGAAGAGUAUCAAGAAGAGGCAAGGGGUAGUUUUCGUAAAUUGAUUUUCUGCAGAAUCUCAUUGCUUUGGAAGGUGUGCUUUUUCCCUCCUGGCUCCUUGAGGAUGCCUCACUCUCCUGCGUUCAGCCCCUGAAGCCAUUGUCUGCCUCAGACUUUAUUCCCGUUCCCUUGGUUCCUGACCAGUUUUAUGCUCCAACCCAACAGCCUUGUUUGUUUUAAAUCUCUGCCAUCUGGAAGACAUUCCUGGGUUAUUGAAAAUUUAGGUCCAGGAGUUAAAAUGACAGCAGCUUCACUCAGCUCCCACUAUGGUGUGGAUUUUUCCCCUCAGCUGCACCUUCCACAAACAUCUUACCCAUUAAAAUCACUCCUAUGUUGAGAUAGAUGGUGGCUUGCAUAUUUAUAGCUCGUGUGCCCUGAAUUGUAAGCAAUGAUUUAACAUCAUUAUGAUAACGUGGUACUGUUGAAUGCAUUUUAUGUAAAUAAACUUAUUGGUUCAAA